CCCCUUUAUUUUUAUUUAUUGUUUCGGUAAAUAUGCAUGGAGACCCCUCAACUAUAGAACAUGAUGAAAUGGCCCCUCCGUUUUAACAUAUUCGGUUUACACACGUAACAUGCUUCUACCAUUGUUAGAAGUUGGAGACGAUGAGAAAUGUGAUCAAACCCUUCGCCUCUCAUUCCCUUUUCUCUCACCAUUUCAACUCGUUGAGAACUCUCUCAUCCAACAACAAACCCAAUCCCCCCUCCCUUUACCAAAACAUUACCAACAUCAUCUUCUCGCCGGAGGAUGGUUUUCCUAGUUCCGACGAUGGUAGCGAAGGUGUUCGACAAAUUGCACUAAAGAGCUCUCGCUCUUCAAAUGCAAAACGAACUCAUGUGGAAGCUUCCGAUUCGAAAGAUGUUGACCGUGCUUUUGGUGAGAAUUCUUAUAGGGAAUCACACACUCUGAAUGCUAAAGAUAGUAGCCAAGGUGUUCGACGAAUUGGCCCAAAGAGUUCAUGCUCUCUAAAUGCAAAACCAACCAUGUCGGAGACAUCUUCCGAAGAUGUUAGUCCAAUUGUGCACAGGAUUACGGAAAUUGUGCGGUCAGAGACGGCCGGAAUCGGCAUGGAACGGCGCUUGGAUGAGUUGGGCUUGUCGUGCGGUCCUGAUGUCGUUGAAAUGGUUCUGAAAAGGUGCUUCAAAGUGGGCCACUUGGCUCUCAGAUUCUUUAACUGGGUCAAGCUGAAACCAGAUUACUGCCACACGACAGAAACAUACAAUGCAAUGAUAUACAUAGCCGGCGAGGCCCAAGAAUUCGAUUUGGUGGAGAGGUUGAUCGCCGAAAUGGACGAUGAAUUGUGCCCAAAGGACAUCAAAACAUGGACAAUUCUCAUAUCGCAUUAUGGAAAAGCGGGGCGGAUAGGAAAGGCGCUUCUCGCUUUCGAGGCCAUGAGGAAAUCGGGCUGUGAACCCGAUUGCGGGGCUUAUAAGGCGAUUCUCCGUGCCUUGUGUUAUGCGAGGAAACCCGAGCUGGCAACGGAGUUUUACCAAGAAAUGACUUCCAAAAACAUGGUAGUUGAUGUAGGCUUAUAUCAAGUGCUUAUGAGUUGUUUCGCAAGAUCGGAUAACAAACAAGCUGUUCUUUCGCUUCGGAAUGAUAUGAUUAAGUGUGGACAGGUUUCGGAGAAUGAAGCUUAUACUCGAGCAUUGAAGUGCUUUUGCAGCUUUGGGAAGCUAAAAGAUGCCCAAGAGGUAUUCGAGGAAAUGAAGAGAAAAUCGCUGGUCGGUUCGGACGCUUAUGAGAUAUUGUUGAAGGGCUUGUGUAGAGAAGGGAAAGUUGAUGAAGCUAUAGAGAUGAUAGAGUACAUGAAAAAUGAAUCCGCUGUUAGCAGUAGAACUUAUGGGUUUCUCAUUCAUGGGUUCUUGAGUAAAGGUGAUAUUGGAAAGGCGAUAGAUGUGUUGCAUCGCGUAAGAGAAAUUGGGUGCCUUCCUACAAUAUCCUCUUAUACUGAAAUUAUUCAGCACUUAUUUAGCUCUGAUCAAUAUGAAACGGCGUGCGAGCUGUACGAAGAGAUGCUUGAGAGCAGUAUACGACCGGAUAUAGUUGUCGCCACGGCUAUGGUCGCCGGACACGUUCGUCACGGCCAAGUUUCCAAAGCAUGGUGUGUUUUUGAGGCCACGAAGGAGAAAGGCUUACGGCCCACGUGGAAAUCUUACACAGUGUUCAUCAAGGAACUGUGUAAGGCUUCCGAACCCCUCGAAGCCUUCAAGCUCCUAAAAGCAAUGUCGGAUUUGGACAUAAAUGCAACUGAUGGGAUCUUCGGUUUGGUCAUAAAUUCUCUCACUAGAAACGGCUAUUUUGAGAAAGCCGAGGAAGCCGAGAAGAUAAGGAGAUCAUUUAAAGUCGAUAAUUUAGAAAGCAAAGCCAUUUCUCAACCAGUUGAUCAUCUUUCUCAUGAAGAGCACGUGAUUUCAAGUUGUCCAGUUGCUCCAGUAAAGGAGGACUUUUCGGACGAUGAUGUACGAGAAGUAUGCAGGAUUCUAUCUUCUUCCGAAGAGUGGAGUUCAACACAAGAACAAUUGGCGAGGAGAAUGAUUAGUUUCACGCCGAACAUGGUAGAUGCUAUUCUUCGACGAUGUCAGAGGCACAGCCGAGCUGCAUUGCAAUUUUUUUCAUGGAUAGGGAAACAAACAAACUAUGCACACACCACAGAAACCUAUAACAUGGCGAUCAAGUUAGCCGGUUCUGCAAAAGAUUUCAAGCACAUGAGAUAUCUUUACCAAGAAAUGAAAAGAAAGGGCCUCUCUGCGGCCGCAAACACAUGGACCAUCAUGAUAGCUCAGUAUGGCCAAGCCGGUUUGACAGAGCUCGCGUUGAAAACUUUCAAGGAAAUGAAGAGCGAGGGCUAUAGACCGGAUGGUUCUACAUUUAAGUAUCUUAUAGUGUUUCUGUGCGGCAAAAAGGGUAGAAAGAUAGAAGAAGCAAUGAAGAUAUUUCAAGAAAUGAACCAAGCUGGAUACAUGCCGGAUAAGGAAACAAUCGGAAUCUAUCUUUCUUCGCUAUGUGAAUCGGGAAAACUUGUCGACGCUAGACGAACUAUCAUAUCCCUGUGUAAGAGAGGGUUUGAAACGCAACUCGCUUAUUCGAUGCUCAUUAAAUCGUUAUGCAGGGCCGGGAGAUUAGAAGAAGCUCUUUUGUCAACAAGUGAGCUUGCGGAACUCGGAUGUAGAAUGGAUCAAUACGUAUAUGGGAGUAUUAUUCACGCAAUGCUACGGGGCGGUCGAAUCGACGAAGCUCUCGAUAAGGUGGAGGAAAUGAAAAUGGCAGGUGUUCCGGUAACUACGCAGAUACAAACUUCGCUGGUCGUUCAUUUCUGUAAGGAGAAAGAGAUCGAAAAGGCGGUCGAAACAUUUAAGACAAUGAGAGAAACCGGUUGCGAGCCAACGGUUGUCACUUAUUCAGCUCUGAUUCGCGGUUUUAUGAAUGCGGGGAUGGUUUCGGAUGCUUGGGACAUUUUUCGGCGGAUGAAACUGAAAGGACCGUUACCGGACUUUGAGACCUACUCGAUGUUCAUGACUUGUCUGUGCAAAGGCGGCAAAUCGGAAAAUGCACUGCUUCUCAUUCGCGAGAUGUUGGAUUCUGGAAUCAUACCAAGUGCAGUAAACUUUAGGACUGUGUUCCAUGGUUUGAAUAGAGAAGGUAAAACUGAAUUGGCUCAAUCUGUACUCCAAACUAAAUGGCUUUUAAAGAGAGAAAGGAUGUUCUUGAAUUAAGUUUUAGUUAUUGUAUGGCUUUCUUUUUUUUUUCUCUCUGAGAAAGGUAAUUAUAUUGAGGCUUUCACUUAAUUUCUCUAUGAGUAAAAUA